GAUCUUCGGAUCCGGGAAAUAUGCCCAUGCCUAAUUUUAGAUACAAAACACUUGUAGCCAAAUUCGCAGCUGCAUUUGCUAUACCUUUGCUAAAGAAAAGUCGUAGCUAAGCUUUGUAGCUAUUUAGCUACGCUAAAUCUAUUGCUAGAAGCAUUGUCUACGUGCAACAGAUCGUAGCUACUUUAUAGCUAAUAACUACGGUCGGUGCUCUCGCACAUCCAUUGUGCGCAAGCUACAACAUAGCAACGGGUCGGAGGUAUAGUGUUGGUGCUGAUGCCACGAUUUUUCGUCCGUAUCUGUCGCAUGCUACAUUUAGCUAUAGAUUAUCCUCUUCAGCUAUGAAAAAUUCUAUGGCUAUUUGAUCGAUUUCUUGUAGUGACUAAUUAAAGUAUGUGUUUAGGAAUUAAAAUUUACAAGUAAGGUUUAUUCAUGAUCAUCAAACAACCUUGAAUCAUAAUAUACAUUCUUCACUAUUGAAUAUGUAACGCCAGUAACAACAAGUAGAAAGGUAAACUUACAUACACAUGUACUCAUGCUUUGAACGGUCUAGAAUAUUCGAACUUCCAGAAAAUUUAGUUGAGAUACACCAUGAAAUUUAAUGACAUGACUUGCAAGUGUGUGGCAACGAAUAAUGGCAACAAAGCAUUAAAACUAAGUGACAUCCUUUACGACAUAUAGUAGCGAAAAUCCACAGCCACAAGAACUAUGCAUGUACAUGUAUAAAAACCCCACUUUGAUACAAUCCCAUGUUGUGUUUGCUUAUACACCCCAAAUUAGAUUUGAGUCAAACAAAUUAGUCAACACUUAUAUCUUUUUUGUUUUCCAAGUCAUCUAGGUCUUGUCUUCAUCUUCUGUUCCAAGGUCUCUAAUCAUAUGUGAGGGAGAAUCUGUUUAACACAUUUGGGGGACAGAUCUGUAUUUGACCCACCAGCAUUAUUCAAACGCGAAUAAUCACAAAAGCUCUAUACUAUAUUGUACAAACAGCAUCUUCAGCCAGAACAUGGAGGUCUUUCAAUGGCUCUUCAAGUUAGGAAAGGAAAUAGGCAAAUCAGAGUCAUUUUCAUCCAAUGGUACUGCUCAUGAAGCCGCUACAACUCUAACAAAUCGCAGAACAAGAAAGUCAUCAACAAGAGGGUCUAAACAUAAAAACCGGAGGAAUUACAGAAGAAUAUGGUUAUGGUGUCAAAAGGAUGUAGCUGACGCUUGUUUCUAUAGCACACUGAAUUUAAGAAGACUUGGCAGCUUGAAGAGAGAACAUUUGCUUCGUGCCAUGGCGAAAUUGAAGGCACAAGUAGGAGAAGAAAAAGAAGUGCCACUGACAAGGUUUGAUCCGAAAAAGGCUAUCAAAGCCGUUGAACCGGAGAAACAUGAAGAAAGCAAAAAAGAGAAGGUGAACAGCGAGCAGACCAAAGCUAAAACUAAGGCCACGCUUUCAAGGAUGAAGGAGCUUAUUAAAUGGGCUGCAGCAGCCAAAUCCGACAAGGCUGCCAAAUUCUUUACCCCUAAGAUAAUGGGGUUAAGAAACGGAAGAAAGUUGAAGACAAUGAGAGAGGCGAAUAAAGAAUCAAAAAGAAUGAGCAGUGCAAGUAUAAGUUUGAGAUGGGAGAGUUGUGAGAGUUGCACAACAUUCUCUUCCUCUGAUCACAUCUCCAUUGUUUCUGCACCAGCAAACUUCGAUUCCUUGGGUCCUAAGCCACCUUAUCAAUGUCGAUCCAGGAAAGGCAACUGGAUCACCACUGAUUCUGAAUUUGUGGUGUUAGAAUUAUGAGAUAGAUGUGGAUGGCGACGAUGGCGACGAUGGCGAGUACAACCAAUUAAUUCCGUCGUCUCCGGACCAUUCGCGAUUAAUUUAUAAUUAUUAUUUUUCUGAAACUUCAGUUUUAUUUUAUAUAAUUCAUAAUAGAUGAUCGGUCUAUGUGAUGCCUCGACAUGAGAAAGUAAUUAAUUGUUUUUAAAUUCUA